UGAUUGACAUCUAGCUAUCCACCAGCUACAUCCAAUCAACGGAGGAUCUGGGACUUGCAGUCGUUGCCCGUGGAUACAACAGUGGGAGCUUCAAAGCGGUUGUUUACAGUUGAGAGCGGCAGUCUGACUGGAGGACUCUGACUGGACGGAGGCAUCUGCGAUUUUCUUGCAGAUGGGCUAAAGGCGAACCACCUGGGAAGUGCACGGACAGUAGUUAUCACCAGCGCACCUAUAGAAAAAAGCAAACUCCAGCUUAUCUUGUAGAUGCUCACCGGCCGCUGAUAGAAUCACGGGGUUAUUUUCCUCACGACUGGUGCGCAUCUUGUCUGGGUUGCUUUAGGACAACAGCAGGAUCUUACAUUCCACAUCUUACAACUGACAAGCUUUUUGUCGGACCAAACGCACUGGGCGAGAUGGAUAACGAAAAGUACUUGCCAGAACUGAUGGCGGAGAAGGAUUCUCUGGACCCGUCCUUCCAACACUCAUUGCGGCUUCUUGAUCAAGAAAUCGAAAAGGUACAGAAAGACGAAGACAAAGAGGAUGAGAAGUUCAUUGAUGUGGUCAUCAACAAGAACAUGAAACUGGGCCAGAAGAUUUUGAUCCCUGUAAAACAGUUUCCCAAAUUUAAUUUUGUGGGUAAACUCCUGGGCCCUCGAGGGAACUCAUUAAAGAGACUGCAAGAGGACACACUGACCAAGAUGUCCAUCCUCGGAAAGGGAUCCAUGAGAGACAAAGAAAAGGAAGAAGAACUGCGAAAGAGCGGAGAGACAAAGUAUCAUCAUCUCAACGAAGAUCUUCACGUGCUGAUCGAGGUGUUCGCGCCGCCCGCUGAAGCGUAUGCGAGAAUGGGUCAUGCUCUGGAGGAGAUCAAAAAAUUCCUUAUUCCGGACUAUAAUGAUGAGAUCAGACAGGCUCAGCUACAGGAGCUGACGUAUCUGAACGGCGCCUCGGAGGAUGCCAAAGUCCCAGCGGCCAGAGGCAAAAGCAGCACACGAGGCAGAGGAAUGCCAGCGCCGGGACCGCACAGGUGUAGAGGGGGCGUUCCUCCUCCUCAGGCUGCAGUCCCGCGGGGGGUGGCGCCCAGAGGAGCUCCGCCCAGCAGGGUGCCGUCCAGCAGAGUAAGGGGCGUUCCCUCUCAGAGAGCACGAGGAGCUCCGCCCCCACCUGGGUACAGACCUCCCCCUCCAGUGGUGCAGGAUUCAUUUUUUUCAGUGUCUUUUGAACCUUUUUGA